CUAGUAUUGUCAAAGUUGCAGUCACGGUUGGUAGUGUUAGUAGCUAAAAUGUUUUACAAUUAUUAAAAUACGCGUUGUUACUUAAUGAUAACCAAGUAUUCGAUGUCUUAGAAUAGAAAAUACCCUCCCGUCAUAGUAAGAUUAUUUAUGUCGCGCGUUUCUUCAGUGAUAUUACUAAAUUAGGUUAGGUGCGGUGGUGUCAAGUUCUAAAGGUUACGAAAACUACGAAAAUGACUUUUCCCGAAGGUCCCGGGUUCGCUAAUUACGAAGCCGUGCAGCCUAGGGCCGAACCGGCCAACGGAGUUCGUCAGGCCUAUAAAGUUGGUGGCGUCAAAGCGGGCGCAAGCCGCGCCUUCCGCCUCGCCUAUGGAGUCCUAUCCCGCCGAAAAGCCGCAGAAGAGGGCGCAGCGCGCCUUGCCCGUGUUCUGUCUGCCUUGGACCUGACUGCACUGGGUGUCGGCAGUACCCUGGGUGUCGGCGUCUACGUGUUAGCCGGAGAUGUUGCUAAGAACUACGCGGGGCCGGCGGUGAUACUGUCCUUCCUGUUAGCCGCAGUGGCGAGUGUUUUUGCUGGUCUGUGCUACGCCGAAUUCGGCGCUCGCGUGCCUAAAGCUGGCUCGGCGUAUGUGUACAGCUAUGUGUGUGUGGGCGAGUUCAUCGCCUUCAUCAUCGGGUGGAAUCUUAUACUGGAGUAUAUUAUAGGCGCCGCUUCGGUAGUGAAAGCCCUCAGCGAAUACUUGGACUCGCUGCUGGAUAAAGCUAUCUCCACCAACCUGCAGGCGAUGAUGCCUUUGGAUUCUCCACACUUAGCGCGAUAUCCGGACCUCUUCGCAUUCUCCGUCAUCAUGCUGUUCUCAGGUGUGUUAAUGUCUCCUAUUGUGAGCGAAUACUUGGACUCAUCACUGGAUAAAUCUAUCUCCACCAACCUGCAGGCGAUGAUGCCUUUGGAUUCUCCACACUUAGCGCGAUAUCCGGACCUCUUCGCAUUCUCCGUCAUCAUGCUGUUCUCAGUGGGUCUCGCAUUCGGCGUGAAGGAGUCUACCAAGUUCAAUAACUUCUGUACCGGUGUCAAUCUAUGCGUCGUACUGUUCGUUAUAAUCUCUGGCUCUUUCAAAGCUGACAGCAAGAACUGGCGUAUCCCCGAAUCCGAGGUGCCUAAAGGAGGCAAAGAUUUCGGCGCCGGCGGGUUCGCGCCCUACGGCGUCGCCGGCAUCAUCAAGGGUGCUGCCGUGUGCUUCUACGGCUUUAUUGGCUUUGACUGCGUGGCGACGGCGGGCGAGGAAGCGAGACGACCACAGAAGACCAUCCCGUUUGCCGUCGUGGCUUCUCUACUGGUUGUGUUCCUGGCGUAUUGUGGAGUAUCUUCCGUGCUCACGCUCAUGAUGCCGUAUUACAUGCAGGACGAAAAAGCGCCCUUCCCGUUCGUGUACGACCAGCUGGGCUGGCCGUGGGCCAAGUACGCCGUCAGCGUGGGCGCCAUCUGCGCGCUCUGCUCCAGUUUACUGGGUGCAGUGUUCCCUCUACCCCGCAUCAUCUACGCCAUGUCCUCAGACGGUCUACUGUACCGCUUCAUGGGCCGCGUCAGCGAGAGGUUCCAGACCCCACUAGUGGGCACCAUGGUCGCUGGGCUGUUCACAGGCACACUGGCUAUGAUCUUCGAGCUGGAACAGCUGAUCCACAUGAUGUCCAUCGGGACUUUGCUGGCGUACUCCAUGGUUGCCUCCUGUGUGCUAUUGCUCAGGUACUCGCGCAGCGUGCCCGCCCACAAGGCCGCGGAGCCGCUGCAGCUGUCGGCGCGCGCGGCGCUGCGCCAGCUCGUCAACGCGGACGGCCGCGCCGCGCCCACCCGGCUCAGCGCGCUCACUGUCAGCGUGUUGGUUACCCUAUAUGGUAUCUGGUGCUUCAUAAUGAUGUCGUGUGUGAACCACUACGGCACUAGAGUAUGGUCGGAGCCGGGCCCGCUGGCCAUGUUCACCGUCGGGACCAUACUAGUGCUCGCCACACUCUUCGCCAUCUCACGACAGCCCGUAUCAGAGAAGAAACUCGCUUUUUCGGUUCCGCUGGUCCCAUGGCUGCCAGGUCUUAGCAUCCUUAUCAACGUUUACCUCAUGUUGAACCUGGACUACAUGACGUGGCUGCGUUUUGCUGUUUGGAUCGCUGCUGGUCUUCUAAUCUACGUGACGUACGGCGCGUGGCACAGCUCGGAGCGCAAGCGCAGCGCCGACGUGCAGCUGGCGGCGCUGCACGCGGACAGCCGCGCCGCGCUGCUGGCGCACGGCGCGCUCGGCUGACCGCGCGCCGCCGCCGUCGCCAGCCCCACCGGUACCGUGCUGUCAUUUGUAUCCAGUAUUUAAUAUCUGUAAACGGCCUGUAUCCUAUAUUUCUAGUUAGGGCUUGUGCACAAAUCACGCGAGGUUUUUUCGGCUAUUUUUUGACCCCCCCUCCCCCUUGGUGAUAUUUGGUGAGGUUCUUGGCGAACCCCCCCUCCCCCACAUAACCUCGCGUGUAUUUUUUUGUUUCAUCUUUAUUUUAAGAUAAAUAGUAUUGUAUAGAGCAAAUCUUGUUUAGACUGGCUAUUUUGAAAUUCCAAUUGAAGAUUUACGUUUAACAAAAACGAGAAAGUAUGUGGUAGAGAGGUAUUUUUUUCUUACUUUCGUUCACCAUAAAAAAAAAUGAUUUUUUUCGUGCCCCCCCCCCCUAUCGAACUUCGCAUAACUUGUGCACAAGCCCUUAUCAAAAAGCGAUCGGUAAUUUAUACAAACGAAGCGUUGCUAGUGACUUCUUUCUAAAAAUAUUUUUAUUAGGUACUUCUUGAAUGUUGAGUAGAGGAAGUUAGUAUAACUGAAGUAAGACACGUUAAUGUUAAAACGGUAAACCAUGAAACUACUCUAAGAUAUGUAGUUUUAAUUUUAUGUUGAUUCAGUUCAGUUAAUCUCAGUUAAAUCUCACACGUUAUACUCGUUUAUUGUUCCUAAAACGAACAGCGAAAGUAUUUUUCGUUAUUUCCUAUCUAUGGCUGUUUAGUUAGAUAUCGCAAUGCUUCAAUCUUGUUUUUUUUAAAUCCAAUUUUUUUGGUACAGUUUCUAUGUAAGUUUAGUUUUUGACAUAAAAAGUAAUGUUUACCUUCUUAUUUAAAUCUGUAAGUUAGUUUCAGAUUUUGUCAUAUUACAGCAUAUUUUAAAAAGAUUCGCUGUAUAAAAUAUAUGUUAACAAAUUUUAAUUAUGGCCUACAAAUACAAAUUCUUUCGUGAAUCUCUUGAUGUUUAAAUGGCUGGCGUUUAUGGAAAUAACAUUUGUGAUUAAAAACUAUUAAUUAUUCGGAUUAGCACUUCUGUGAACGGAUCUUAAUAUUCUUGAGGCGCGAAAUGUAGGCAGUGCAUUUAAAAUAGGUAUUAUUUUAAUGUCGCUUUUAGAUGAGUUGCUGUUAUGACCUAAACUAAGUAAUAUAUAAUUAUAGACUAAGCCUCAUAUAUCAUUGUUUAUGCUUAAAUCAAGUUUUGCGAGUCCCACUGCUGAAGGAGGAUUAUGGUUUUUCAAGCUUAUGUAUGUAUGCAUGGAAGGCUAAUUCUUUGCCACGACCUACAGCCUACCUUUGAUGCGGGCUGUACACACUCGUUGAGACACCCAGAGACAGGCCGAGAACGAGUGUGUACAUACUGCUCCCUUCUCGUCUCGCUCUUCCUCGUCUCAUCUCGCGGUUCUCGGAUUGGAUCGGAGCGUUGCCGAGACUCUCGGCAAGAGGCUCUCGACGAGUGUGUACAGUCGGCAUGAAGAAUACGAUGUUAUUACAUUUGUCUAUUUUGUGUGAAAUAGGCUGUGAAAAAAGAAAGACUUUGGCGUCAAAAUGAAUGUAUAAAAAAAUUGCAUUUGGGUUUUUAAAUUUUUAAUUCGACUUGUUUUUGUAGCGGCUUAUUGAACAUAUUAAACCUAGCUAGUAAAGCAAAGGUGAGUUAUUUCAGUAUUACGUAGAAUGUGGCUGUGAAACAGCGUUAUUUAUUAUAUAAUUAUUUUAUUUAUAAUGCUUAUGAUGUAAAACAUGUCUCAAGUUGAUCUUGAAGGGCUGUUUCUUAAAUAAUAGUUUGUAAGUUUUAUUUAAGAUCAUUACGGGGAUGUGUGGCUUAGGGUGGUAUUCGACCUGUCCAAUUUCUUGGUCCAAUGUGUAUUUGUAUCUCGCAUUUUGCUCAAUGAGAGAGUGAGACGCAAUGCACAUUGGACAAAGAAAUUGGACAGGUCGAAUACUAUCCAAUAUGGGUAAGUGUGGCUGGCUUUCACAUUUCGGCCUGUUUGCAAAUUGAUUAAUACACAUUAACUUGCGUUUGAUAGCAAAUGAAUGACCUCGCAUUAAACACUAAUCAAUGCGUAAAUAAGCCCCAAUAUGAAGGCCAGCCGCACUUACCCGUAUGCCACACUUAGCCGUAUUGACCUUAUAUGUUACUUUUAAAAUUUAAAUAUGUAGUUAAGACAUAUGAAGUUAUUUUUGGUACAGUAAGUCAGAUAUUUCUGCGCAAGAUGUUAUUGCAAGCGACUGUACAAUUAAUGACUACAACAUACUCCUGUCAACGUUCUGAUCUGUUAAUUGUACUUAAAAUGUAUCAUUGUACUUACUCCACCUUAGAGUUUCUGCGAUUCAGUGCUAUUUCAAGGUCAUACAUUUUAAUAAAAUUAUUUCUAGUAUCAUAAUUUUCUGUUGACAUUGAUAUUCGCUUCCUCUUAGUUUUAAUUCGCAAUUGUUUAUGCGUGUGUAUUGACAUUGAAUACAAUAUUGCUGCAACA